CGACGAGACGCCUGCAUUGCCUGCAUGCUGGAAAACGCAGCGAGCGCGUAUCCAUUGCCGGCGCCGUGCGCUUGAUCGAGUAAUCUGUCAGCGUUGUCCCAGGGUGGGCUGUUUCGACACCUGUGCUACCGAUUCGAGGCGGUCUCCUCACGAUGGCCUACGAGAACGUCUACAAGCUGCGGGACCAUCCGGAUUUCCCGAACGAGAUUGACGUGCCGUUUGCCAAGAAGCUCCAGCCAGAGCUCAUCUGCUCGGCGUGCAAUUGUGUCACAGCGGCUGGUCUCAAGGACGGCAAGGACCACGUCUACUGCCUCAGGUGUGCCGAUGUGCUCACAGACGGCUGCAACGAUUUCACGUGCUGCAUUUGCAAAUGGAAUGCUCCCCAAAGCUUGAUGAAGAAAAAUGCAGAUGAAUGGGCCAUCCUGGAGAAAACGCCAUCAGCUUGUCCUAACCGAACCAAGACUUGCCGUUUUAACGGCAAAUUACGAGACGUUCUUGAUCACUACAAGACUUGCAACCUGAAAGAAAAAGUGGUGUGCACUCUCUGCGGAAAAUUGCAGGAUAGGAAAAAUAUAGCAGACCACAUGAAGAACGACUGCCCCAUGAGAUACCUGGAAUGCAACUUCUGUGGCGUGGACGUUGCCGCUCGCGACAAAGUGAAGCAUGAAAUGAACUGUGACCAGCGUCCUGGAACCUGUGAGCACUGCGGAAAGCAUUUCAAGACCCACGAAGAGCUUGAGCGGCAACACAAGGCUGUAUGCCAGCUCAUGCCUGUCGACUGUUCGUUUAGACAAUUGGGCUGUGACCACAGGGCAGCCAGGCGAGAGAUGGAGAGCCACGAAAUGGACGGUCGCCAUAACGGCCACAACGAUCUCCUCGUUCGUAAAAUCGGCCGCCUGGAAAAAGAGAACGAGGACCGUAAGAACUCAUUCCUUCAAAAGUUAAAUACUGUCAAGGGAACAUGCGAUGAUACGAUACAGCAGAUGGAAAGGAAAAUGGCCCAACUUGAGGAAUCUGCCAAUGCUGAGAGAACAUUGCGAGCUAAGUUGGAAGAGCGAGUGUCGACCUUACAGAACGAGCUUCAAGCACUCAGAGCGAAACAAAACGAUGACUGUGGUCAGCUUGAACACCGGAUUGCUGGGACGGAAAAUGCUGUGGAACGCCUCGACCGUGAGUUACGUCUGGACGCUAUGACCCCAGGUUUCGAGUAUGUCUGGAAAGUGCAGCCAUACUUUGCCCUGAAGGCGGCAGCAAUGGCGUCCAAUGAGGAAAUAUCGACGCGGGCACUGUACAUAAACACCCCGGGAUAUUACGUAGAGUUCACAGUUGGAUUCACCCGUCCUGCCUCAUUGACGUCACCGCAACAUCUCUCGUUCAAGUGCCGAAUUUGCAGCGGUGAAUACGACGACAUGCUUCCCUGGCCCUUCCAGAACAAGAUGAUUUUGGUGCUUGUCAACCAGCAGGACGAACGCGCCAGGCGAUGUUUCGAACUGGACGCGGCAACGGCAGAACACGCUACCGGUUGCUUCCAGAAACCAGCAUCGGGUCAACGGAACCCGAAGUUCGGCUACUCACAAGUCAUACCCAUUCCUCUUCUGGAGAACGAGAACAAAGGGUUCCUCUACCAGAACUGCAUCGUCUUGAAGAUUGUUGUGCCUCCACUUUAUUGAAUGUCUAUUUACUCUUGUCGUUGGAAAGCACAGCACGUUCUGACUUCGAGUAUUAAAACAAAGUUCGACAGGAUGAAGAACUUCUUCAGGGAGCGUUAGGUAUCAUGCACUUCCUCGAGAAGAGACAAUUAUUGUUUCAACUUUGGUUUACCGAGUUACGCUUUUAGCGCUUCACUACACACUGGAGCUAUGCGUGAUGCAAUUGUUCUCAGCGUAGGGUUAUCAUUGCAGUGAAUCGGUAGUGUGAAAUGCAAUGCGUGUGUGCACUAUUUUUGGCGCUUUAUUUAACCUUGAGUAGCUUGUUUUCAACUUCUUUGCUUGUUUGGGAAGACUUGGAAGCACACCUGUGUACGUGCAACCGCACCAGAUCGUCCACUUAUGUAACUGGUAAUAAAAUGACUUCCCCGCAUUCUGUCCUUCAUGAUGCACAAUAAACCAUUGGCGUGUACCUAAA